AAUCGCAUCAUAAUCCCGGUGCCGAGAUCAAGAAGGAGAAACUGCAAUGCCGUUUUAUAGCAAAGGCGAUGUCCGCAUCCAUUACGAGGAAGUCGGGUCCGGUUUCCCGCUUCUGGCCACGCCCGGCGGGGGCUUGAAUUCGCUGGUCAGCAAUUGGCCUGGGCAGGUAUUCAACGCAAUGGAGGAGUUCAAGAACGACUUCCGCUGCAUUACGAUGGACCAGCGCAACGCCAUCGGCGGAGAAUCCACCGGGCCGGUUCAAGUUAAUGACCCGUGGGGCGCCUUCGCAGACGACCAACUAGGGCUGAUGGACCACCUCGGCAUACAGGAGUUCUUCUUCAUAGGCUACUGUAUCGGUGGCCCUUUUGCGCUGAAGCUCAUAGAACGGGCGCCUGAGCGCGUGCUGGCCGCCGUGCUCUGCCAGCCGGUUGGGCACGCCAGCCGAACACCCGAUUCCAUGUAUGACUCGGGGCAUGAUGUCUGGGGUCCCGAGCUAUGCGCAGGCCGGACCGACCUGACCAUGGAGAUCGUCGACCAGUACCUGCACAACCUCUACCGAGUCCAGCCGGAUUUCGUGUACUGCGUGUCGCGGGACUUCGCGCGCUCCUGCCAGACGCCGAUGCUGGUCAUGCCUGACGACACACCAUCGCACUCCUACGAAGCAGCUGUGGACCUGGUGGCGCUCGCGCCCAAAGCGGAAGUGACGGCGUAUCCCUGGAAAGAGUCAGCAGACGUGAAAGCCCAGACGAUAAACCAGGUGCGGGACUUCCUUCGGGCGCAUCAACCCGCGACAACUAGCCGUUGA